UAUAAUUCGCCGACUUGAAAGGGCACACCUUUUCUUUAACUACAUUGUUCAUUCAUUAAGUUUACAAAUACGCAAAGGUUAUGCACAGCCUUUAGAUGUAGAAAAAAUCUUGUUUGAUGACCUUUUUGACAAAGAAUAACUUCAUAACCUUUUUCACAUUGUUGAGAAAGUUAUAGUAUGUUGUUAUAAAGGGAAGUCUCUCAUCCAUCGUGUGUGCUGGAGCGUUAGUUAAACAUUAAGUAUUGCAACAGGCGUGUUGACUCUUCAACUUUCUCCCAGGAUUAAUACGAUGUAACUAACUAUUGGGGCGAAUUUCAUACUUUGAUGUGGUACAAUUCGUUGAUUAUAGGCAAAAUAGUGUGUAUAAUAUUUACUUUGACAAACAUAUUUCAUACUUUGUGAAAUGACUAAGAUAAAAAUUUUAUUACAUAGAGAACUAACUUGAUUUUAUUUUUGUGAUUUUAAUUUCGAUUUUCGGAUGUACAUCAAUAAAGACACAAAAUGAUAUAUUUUAGGUAUAGUUUUAUGUUAGUUUAUAUUGGAUGCAUAUCUCUUCUUUAUGUGGAUCAUACAGAAGCAAGGAGAAAGAGAAAUGCUCAUCGGCGGCAUAAUAACCAUUUAGACUGGAGUGGGUGGACGGAAUGGUCGUCUUGUACGGCUCAAUGUGGAACUGGUGCAGCAUAUAGAGAAAGACACUGCAUAGACCGACGAAUGAGGGCCUAUUCCAAUAAAUGCCACGGAAAGAGACAUCAGUUUAAGAUAUGCAAUACUCAGGAUUGUACACAAGGACAAGAAACUCUGAGAGAACAAUUAUGUUCAAAGCACAAUAAUGACGUCAUAGGCGGCAAACGAUAUCGAUGGCUUCCUUAUCUAUUACAUUCCGCCAGGUGUGAGUUGACGUGUAAAGCAGGCGGUCACGGUUUCUAUAACAGCUUUAAAGACCUUAUAAUUAAUGGUACAACAUGUUCAAACGAUGGCUCAUCAGUCUGUGUGGAGGGAGUUUGCCAUAAAUUUGGAUGUGACGGAAUAGUAGGAUCAAAAGUCACCAAGGAUAUUUGUGGUGUCUGUGAUGGUGAUGGCUCUACGUGUAAAAUGGUACAAGAUGUUUAUGAAGAUGAUAAAUUGAAAUACGGAUAUAAUUUAGUAACCAUUAUUCCAUCUGGGGCAACAGCAAUAAACGUUACACAAUUGCGAAUCGGCAGAAAUUACUUGGCCCUGAAAUUAAAGAAUGGAAAAUACAUUAUUAAUGGUCAUCGUAGACUAUCAGCACCUGGUCAGUACGAAGGCGCGGGAACCACAUUUACAUAUAAAAACCGUGCUUCAAAACAUUGUCCUGGUGAAUGCCUAUUUGCAGAUGGUCCAACGAAUGAAGACCUAGAAGUGAUGUUGUUAUAUUUUGGGAGGAAUACUGGUGUAUUGUACAAAUUUGGAUAUCCCACUGACCGAAAUGGAAUGCUAAAAUACCAAGAUCUUUCACUCGAAAAUGGAAAAUCUGGGAAUUCUAUUCGCAUUGAUGGUGGAGAAGAAAGUCGGGCCUCUACUACAAACUAUUUAAAUAACGGGUUUAGAGAUAGAAAUAAUAGGAAUCACGAUUACAACGGAAAUAAUGAUUAUUACAAUGCUGUCUUAGGCAGUUCUGGAAAUAGAAAUACUCAUUUAAAUAGAAAUCCAGAUAGGAAUAGAAAUACUCAUUCGAAUAGAAAUCAAGAUAGAAAUAGAAAUACAGGUUCGAAUAGAAAUCAAGAUAGAAAUAGAAAUACUGGUUCGAAAAGAAAUCAAGAUAGAAAUAGAAAUAGAAAUACUGAUUCGAACAGAAAUUCAGAUAGGAAUAGAAACCGAGAUAGACAUACGAACAGAAAUGACGGAAAUCGGAAUAGAUAUACUAACAACAGAAAUCUUCCACAGACAGAAAGAUAUGAUGCAACAGUUGUUAUAGAGGAAAGUCAAAGAAAGCCUGAUAGGAAUCAACCUAAAGACAAAAUGGAGAAAAGUUACUAUAUUUCAUCCGUAUCUGGUGGCAAAAAUCUGCCGUUACCUGCUUACACACAAAGUUUUCCAUUUAUGGAUAAAAUGAAGGAUAAAAUGCACAAGAAUGGAAUUUUAGGAAAUGGUCAAAAUGAUCCUAUGUACCAAAAAACUGGAGCCCUUAAUGAUAAUGGAAGAAAACCUAUCAUCGUUUCCGAUCCUUUAGAUCCAGAAACAGCUCCAGUUAUCUAUAACUGGAAAGUGAUUGGUUACACAGAUUGUAAUAGGACUUGUGGAUCAGGAAUUCAGCAUCCUAUUGUUAAGUGUGUUCGUGCUUCAAAAGAAGUUCUCGAAACACAUUGUAGGAGAUUACCAAGACCUGAUGAAACACCAAGAGAAUGUAACACACAGGCUUGCCCCGCAAGCUGGGAGGCAUCACCAUGGACCUCUUGUAGUACAACGUGUGAUGAUGGGAUGCAAAUAAGAAAUAUUUCCUGUUUAAAAGAAGUCGCAGAUUCUCUUUUCCUUGAAAGUACAUUAGACGAAUGUUCACAUCUAGAUGCACCUGAAACAUUUAGACAUUGCAAAGUAGAAGAUUGCUUCAAAUGGUCCUCAGAUCGUUGGAGCGAGUGCUCUACAAACUGUGGUGAGGGUUUAAGGACACGAACCGUAAAUUGUACUUCAGCAGAUGGCUAUAUCGUAAACGACAUAUAUUGUAACAGUACAGAUAUGCCACCGGAAGAGGAAGGGUGUUAUUCUACAACCUGCGAAUAUGGAUACAGUGCCGCUUGGUAUUCCACGAGUUGGCAGGAACAGUGCCCAGUAUCAUGUGGAAUAAGUAAGCAGAGACGCAGGGUUGUAUGUGUCAGUGAAAAUCCAUCCGGUCCGGACUGUGAAGAGGACAGGAAACCAGAAGGUGAACGUGAAUGCAGAGCACGGCAGAACUGUAAUGGUUAUUGGUUUAGUGGUCCUUGGCAACAGUGUAAUUCCACAUGUGGUGAGGGAACUAGGAGCCGUCAGGUACUAUGUUUACGAGAAAAUGGAAAUACAGCUUAUGAAGUUAUACCAAAUGAUUAUUGCGAUAUGGAAGAGAGACCUGUCGAACAUGAACUAUGCAAAUCUUCAUCUUGUCCGCCAGAGUGGUUCAUGACUGAAUGGAGCCAGUGUUCUGUAACCUGUGGCAAAGGAGAAAGAUCGCGUGACGUGUUGUGUAUUGACACAGAUAACCGUGAGGUGAAUGCCUGUGAUAUUACCAGCAAACCAAGAAGCUCAGAGGAAUGUGGAGCUAAUCCUUGUAAUAGUUAUACAGAUCCUUCUGAAAGAUGUGAAGAUACAUAUCCAAACUGCCCAUUAGUUAUUCAAGCAGGAAUGUGUAAGCAUAAAGGUUACAGGGCAGUCUGCUGUCAAUCGUGUCUGUCACAAGCUUGAAUAGACAUAAUACUGCCUUGAUUUAGAUAUGGUCACCUGAAAUCUAUAAACAAUUGUUUAAAAUAUGAAAACGGGUAAAAGACUAAAUGGAAUUUAUAAUGAUACAACAUGUGUUGAUCUAUUGAUUAGCUGAAAUGGAACAGUUUUAUUUGAUAUUUGUUUAUUUAAAUGUAUUUAAUGUUUAAUAUUAUUGCCAAAAAUAACUGACCGUUGGUCAUUGAUGAAAUGUUGUAUAAAAUAAUGAUAUGUGAUGUAAGUAUUAAAUGAUAGAAAGAGAGAAACGUUAUAUAGUGGAAGUGAACGUGACAAACUUUGCAUUAAGAAAAAAGACACGAACACGUUCAAACACCCAAACAUAAUCAUAUUUAAAUGCAAGCAGCAUUCCUUAUUUAUGCUUCAUUCAAAUUUACUAAAGCGCCUAUUAUUUCAAAUAUCUUAAGAAUUAGUUAAGUACCUGCCAAUGCUCAACUCUCUUUGCAAACAAAAUUAAGGGAUUUCAUAUUUUAUUGAUUAUAUAUAUCUUUUUUUCUCUUUUACAAUUCAUUUGAAAUGUAUAUCUAUGAAAUGAUAAAUUUUAAUGUUAUAUUUUCAUGCUGUAAAAGUUUAUACCUUUAUUUAUGUCUCACAACGAAGUCUUAAAACAUACAUUUGAUAUUUGAGUUUCUUUAAAAUUUAAAUUACAGGACUUGAAACGUGCGGCUUUUUUAAUCUAAAAUUACUGUUCAAUAUUAAAAAAGAGGCGUUAGAUACCAAGGGAACAUUCAAAACUUUGAAGUCGAGAUAGUCGGACAACGUAAUGGCAAAAAACGACGAAACAAAAACAAACAAUUCCGUUGGGCUGUUUUCUGCUCUUUUGUCGGGUUGUUGUCUCUUUGACACAUUCCCCGUUUCCAUUCUCAAUUUUAUGUUAAAAAAACACUUCAUAAAAAACUAAAGAGUGAGCAACACGACCUACCAAAAUUGGGGUGAUCGCAGAUGCUCAGAUAGAGAAAGCAGAUCAUGCUCCACUAGUGGCGAACGUUGUUUCAAUCAUGGUAAGUACAAAUUCUGCGAAAAAUCUCUUUCGAUGAGGAAAAAAAAGAACGGGAUUGUGAAUACAAAAAUUUGAACAUAUCCGUGGUCAUUUGUGACACCGAUAUUUCAUAACGGUACUCAAACUCGUGAUGGCUUUUGUAUGUGUAAUGUGUGUUAACUUUUUGGUAUUACUUUUUUAAAUGGGAUUAUCAACCUAUGAGUCUCUUCACCGAAUUAAAAAAAUUAUGUUAAAAAAGGGAACAUCAUCUUUGGUGUAUGUAGAUCAGAUAUGACAAAAUAUAUUGUUCUAUCGAUUAAAAUAUGCCAGAUCUGCAGAUAAAAUAUUCUGUAAUAUGACUUUAUGAUGUCUGUUAGUAACUAUAUUUCACUUUUUGCUACUGAUUUAAAUAUGCAAGAUCUGCAGAUAAAAUAUUCUGUAAUAUGACUUUAUGCUGUCUGUUAGUAACUAUAUUUCAUUUUUUGCUACUGAUUGAAAUAUGCAAGAUCUGCUGAUAAAAGAUUCUGUUAUAUGACUUUAUGUUGUCUGUUAGUAAAUAUAUUUCACAUGUUGCUAUUGAAUAUGAAUAUAACGGUGCCACAUUUAGUUAUGAAACUCAUCCUUUGCCAUUUGUAUAUGUUUUAUUUGCAUGUUAAUGUCGUUAAUGUAUUGUACAUAAUGUAAGACAUUGCUUUGUCAUCAAUAAACUUAACGUGUAUAUGUC